AUGACUCUGGAUAAAGAAGAUAACUUUCAACAUGGUCCCCAUGCGAUUGAGCGUCGUGGAGCAUUGCGUCAGAAGAAUGUCAUCGAGGUCAAGGGUCAUAAAUUUGUUGCUAAGUUUUUCAAACAAUUUACUUUUUGCGGACACUGCAAGGACUUUAUUUGGGGCCUUGGAAAACAAGGAGUCCAGUGUCAAAUAUGCUGCUUCGCUGCUCAUAAGAGAUGCUAUCAAUAUGUAGCAUUUAAGUGUCCUGGUGCUGAUUUAGGUCCUGAAUGUGAUUCUAAAAGGCGUCAUAAAUUCAAGCUGCAUACUUACUCGAGUCCUACAUUUUGUGACCAUUGUGGUUCACUGCUAUAUGGGCUUGUUCAGCAAGGUUUCAAAUGUCAAAACUGUGGUAUGAAUGUACACAAAAGGUGUGAAAUGAAUGUUCCCCACCUUUGUGGCGUAGAUAAUACGGAAAGGAGGGGACGAAUAUUUCUUAAGAUUAGCUGGCAAGAAAACAGAUUUUUAGUUGAAGUGAAAGAAGGUAGGAAUCUUAUUCCGAUGGACCCAAAUGGUCUUGCUGAUCCUUAUGUUAAAAUCAAAUUUGGACCAACCGACGAACUUGGACGUAAAUUCAGGACCAAAACAAUAAAGUCUAACCUAAACCCUAUAUGGGAUGAAAAGUUCACCAUUGAUCUACGUCCAGACGAUGAGUCGAAGCGAUUGCAUUUUGAAGUUUGGGACUGGGAUCGCACGUCACGUGACGAUUUCAUGGGUGCUUUAUCAUUUGGAGUUACAGAAUUAAUUAAAAAGCCAAUUGAUUGUUGGUUUAAACUACUAAGUCAAGAAGAAGGUGAAUACUACUCGAUUCCUUGUACGACAGAGAGUAAUACUCCGCCCUAUGCAGAAAUAUCUUCUGAAUAUGAGUCACAAUUCAAAGGAGAUAUUUACAAUGAUGAUAAUGAGAAUCUACAAAACUGUCCAACAAAAUUACGUGAUGUAGUCAGAGCAACAGAUUUCAAAUUUAUCAAAGUAUUGGGCAAAGGAAGUUUUGGGAAGGUAAUGUUAGCUGAACGUAAAGAUACAGAUGAACUUUAUGCUGUGAAAAUCUUGAAAAAAGAUGUUGUUCUACAAGAUGAUGAUGUAGACUGUGCGAUGAUUGAACGUCGAGUGUUAGCAUUACAACGUAAACCACCAUUUCUUGUUCAAUUACAUUCUACAUUUCAAACUAUGGAUCGAUUAUAUUUUGUGAUGGAAUUUGUCAAUGGUGGUGAUCUAAUGUUUAGAAUACAAAAGGAAGGAAAAUUUAAGGAACCUAUUGCUGUAUUUUACGCAGCUGAAGUAGCCGUUGGUUUAUUUUUUUUACAUGAUAAAGGAAUUAUUUAUCGGGAUUUAAAAUUGGAUAAUUUACUUCUCGAUGCCGAUGGACAUAUUAAAAUAGCUGAUUUUGGUAUGUGUAAAGACGGUAUUACAGGUGACGCUACAACACAUACAUUUUGUGGUACACCAGAUUAUAUUGCACCUGAAAUACUUCUGUAUAAACCUUAUGGUAAAUCAGUAGAUUGGUGGUCUUACGGUGUUUUGCUAUAUGAAAUGUUAGCUGGUCAGCCUCCUUUUGAAGGUGAGGAUGAAGAGGAUUUGUUUGCAAAUAUAUUACAACAUACUAUUUCUUAUCCAAAAAGUUUAUCCAAAGAAUCCGUUUCUAUUUGUAAAGCACUGCUUACAAGAGAUCCAAUUAAAAGACUUGGUUGUGGUUCAGAUGGUGAAAAAGAGAUUAAAGAACAUUUGUUCUUUCGACGCAUAGAUUGGGAUAAAAUCGCUUUGCGUUUAGUACAACCUCCAUUCAAACCAGUUACUUUAUCACCACGUGAUACAAGUAAUUUCGAUAGUGAAUUUACAAAAGUCACUCCAGAAUUAUCACCAACUGAUAAAUUAUUUGUUAUGAAUUUAACUCAAACAGAGUUUAGUGGAUUCUCUUUUGUUAAUCCGGAAUUUAUUGUUGAAGUAUAA